GGGAUUCGCCCCGGGGGCCAGGCUGGGAGCGACCACGGCCACGGCGCCCCAUCCCAUCCCGUCUCGUCCCGUCCCACGGGCGACGCGGGGCGGCGGGGCUCGGCUCCUCCCUCCCCCGCCCAGCGGCAGCUCGGAGCGGCCGGUGCCGCCGGCGGCUCUGCGCAUUACGGGCCACAUCAUCGCGGGGGCCGCCCGCUUCCGCGCCUGCUCAGUGGCGGCGGCGCUCACCUAGCGCGGAGCUGUCACCGCCGACGGCUGUUCCCGCUCCGCCGCAGCGAUGGAGCGCAACCCCGCCACGCUGCCGGAAUCGCUCUCGCCCAGGGCCAAAAUUGAAAGCUGCCAUGUUCAGGAAGUGGAAUGCAGCAGUCUCAAACUUGUCUGAAAACUGAGCUUGAGGGUGGCAGAUCAUUCAGUGCCUUACUGUCAAGAAGAUCCAGUCUUGCUUAUGGAAAUGUUGAAGAUUUGAGAGCAAUGAAAAAACACUUUUGCUUGCAAAAAAGGAACAUUUUGGUCCACUUGUAAGUGUGUCACUUGGUGACUCACCUGCAAGAUUUCUUGGCUGACAUCUGAAGAACAAAGUGCUUUUCAACCUGUACUUCUGUAGCACUAUGACUAACUGUAAAGGCAGAUCUACCAUCUCCAAAACAAAUGGCAAAGUCCAUGACAGAGAAGGCUUUGUAAACUGGACCAUAAAUCUUAAUACAAUUCAGUCUGAUAAAUUUUUGAGGCUGCUUUUAAGUAUGGUUCCAGUUGUUUACCAAAUAAACCAAGAGGAAAGACACAAAAAGGUGAAUGGUGUCUGGCAAGAUGGAUUGCAACCAGUAGGACACAAUUUUAAUGUCAGGUCUGAACAACACACAGAGUACCAUCACUUCUCAGAAGCAAGCUUUCAUGGUAGCAAUGGACGCAGCCCAUCCAGCUGUAGCCCUAAAUAUGAUGAUUUUACCAGUUACAAUUACUGUGAUGGAAUGGACACUUCAGAAACAGAUGUCAUGUUGCAGGAUGACACUCUUUCUAGUGACAGUAAUGAGGAUAUCAUUGUGGAAGGAAGUAGAAAACAACCCAAAGAAUCGAGUAGUAUUAUGGCACUGCAGAUACUUGUACCUUUUUUGCUGGCAGGGUUUGGAACUGUUUCUGCUGGCAUGGUUUUGGAUAUUGUACAGGAGGAAGAGGUGUCAAUCUUUGUCACUCAAAAUCUUAAGAAAGUAAAAGAAGCUUGGACUUCAAUUAGUUGCAAUGGAAAGAGACUUUGUUACCUCAAAAAAAAGCACUGGGAUGUGUUCAAGAAUGUUACUGAAGUCUUUAUCUUGGUUCCUGCGCUUCUUGGUCUCAAAGGAAAUUUGGAAAUGACCUUGGCAUCCCGGCUGUCAACUGCUGUAAAUAUUGGAAAAAUGGAUUCUCCCAUUGAGAAAUGGAACCUAAUAAUUGGCAAUUUGGCCUUAAAACAGGUUCAGGCUACAGUAGUUGGUUUUCUGGCAGCAGUGGCAGCGGUAAUAUUGGGCUGGAUUCCAGAGGGCAAAUACCGAUUUGAUCAUUCAGUCCUUUUGUGUUCUAGCAGUGUAGCAACUGCCUUCAUAGCUUCUCUUUUGCAAGGAGUAAUAAUGGUUGGAGUUAUUGUUGGAUCCAAGAAGACUGGUAUUAAUCCUGACAACGUUGCCACUCCUAUUGCAGCAAGUUUUGGCGAUCUCAUCACCCUUGCCAUAUUAGCAUGGAUAAGUCAGAGUCUGUACACUUGCCUUGAGACAUAUUACUAUGUAUCUCCUUUGGUUGGUGCCUUUUUUUUGGCUCUGACUCCAAUGGGGAUUGUCAUUGCUGCCAAACACCCAGCUACCAGAACUGUCCUCCACUCAGGAUGGGAGCCUGUUAUAACUGCCAUGAUUAUAAGCAGUAUUGGUGGCCUUAUUCUGGACACAACAGUAUCUGAUCCUAACUUGGUUGGAAUUGUUGUUUAUACCCCGGUAAUUAAUGGUAUUGGUGGCAAUCUAGUAGCUAUUCAAGCUAGCAGAAUUUCGACCUACCUCCAUUUACACAGCAUUCCUGGAGAGCUGCCAGAGGAGGCCAAGGGUUGCUAUUACCCAUGCAGAACAUACUGUGGUACAGGAGUAAAUAACAAAUCAGCCCAAGUUCUACUUCUCUUGGUGAUUCCUGGACACUUGAUUUUCUUGUACACUAUCCACUUAAUGAAAAGCGGACAUACUUCCUUAACCCCCAUCUUUAUAGCAGUCUAUUUGUUUGCAGCUCUGCUACAGGUGUUUACUUUGUUGUGGAUCGCUGACUGGAUGGUGCACCACUUCUGGAAAAAAGGAAAAGACCCUGAUAGUUUUUCUAUCCCUUAUCUUACUGCACUGGGAGAUCUGCUUGGAACUGCCUUAUUAGCUAUAGGUUUUCAUUUUCUGUGGCUCAUAGGUGACAGAGAUGGUGAUGUUGGUGACUAAUUAUUCCAAUGGAUGCAAUGACUUUUCCUGGAAUAUUGACAAGACUGCUCACUCCACUUGAGAGUCCUCAAAGUGUUUGUUCCUUUUGGUCUAAGUAAAUCCAGUUGACACAGACAUAAAACAGCCUUAAUGAUUAUAGUUUGGUUUGCUUUUAAAAACUUGGAUGGAGCUACAGUACCUGAGAGCUUUAUUGUGAAACCAAGGUGGAUUGGAGGUAGCUGAAGAUAUCUGAGUAGACACAAUAAAGGGCAGAUGAAUCCUUUAUCAAGUUUUAAAUUGCCUAAAGAGUUGAUGAUAUGUUCUUACCUUGCAAUUUCAGUGCUGCAGCUCUCUGACCAUUGUAGACUUGACACCAAUAGUGACUGUUACGGUGCACACAUUUUGUCACAGGCUUUAUUUUCUGUAGAAGAAUAUGACCAUCAGCGUUUAUAAAAUUAGACACUUGAAAAGUGUCUGCAGGACUCAGCCUGUUUUCUUUGUGCUAAAAUGAGCAACCUAAUUAUUUUCCUGUUGGGAUUUAUUAGAACAAAAAUAGAAAAGGCAAAUAAUAAUGUGACACUGAUCUGGUCACUAUUAAUGGGUGAAUGAUUAAAACUCCUUGUGCUGAAAAGUGUAUGUUCAUUUAGCAACUGAAAAGAUGUUUAACUAACUGAUAUUAAUGGUAUUGUGAUGGCCAGUGUCCUGAUUUUAAUGAAGUAUUUAGAGGUGUUGAUUUAACUGUAUAUACUGAUCCCUGCUUAAACUUGCAGUAUAAAAGAUGAAGUUUCUUUUAUAGGCCCUUAGGAAGUUACAUAAACUUCUCAAAUUCCAGACCUAUGUAAUCAAUUUCUAAGUAGAAAUCUCUGCUUUCAAGCCGUGCAAAUAAUACGGUCAAUAAGGAAAUGUAUGGCUUCUCAAUGAUUUCUCUUAUUUGUAGACCUGGAUAUUUCAAAUAAUACAUUGAUCAUGAGGACUCUGGUUGCUGUUUUGGAAAAAAAGGUACUAAUUGCUCUAUUUUAAAAUCUACUGGGAGUUCCUCACAGCAUAAGUUUCAGAAGACUACUGCACACAUCCAAAAUGCAUAAUGAAAUAAACAAAUUGUAUUUUAACUGUUGUAAUUGAAAGUUUUAAAUUUUGAGAUUUAAAUAAGACAACUGAAUCCAUAUAUCAGCAUAUAGUUUAAUCUUGUAAACAUUAGUCAUCUGCUUUAUGUAUACAAAUGCUUUUUAAUUUGAUGGACCUACUCAGAUGAGUAGAUUACGUGGAUAAAUGCUAAUGGGACUUCUAUAUGUGUUGGUCACCUUCAACUCUUUGGAAGUUCAAAGUGUUUGCAAUCUUGAAAAUUAAACCAGCUAUUCAGUGCCUACACAUGGCUUUAGAUGCCUGAAUUUUAGCUCCCUCAUUUAAAUAUUUUUAUUUAAGCAUUUUCUUACUGUUAUUAUAAUAUAGUUGUUUGAAUGAAUCAUAUGUAUUAUGUCUUUUAUUAUGUGAGAGGAAGAUGAAAUCUUUCUAACUUCAGGUUCUCGGCCUUUUUUUUAAUUUGUAUUAAUGUUAUUUAAAAUAGUUUCUUGUAUGUAGCAUUGCAGGAAAUAUUAUUAAAAUGUUUAAAAUGGAAUAGAAGUAACUCAAUUUUUUCCAACAAUGGUUAUUUAUUUUUGAUACAGCUGUAGAUGCAAUUUUUUGUAUUUGUUAAAACUGCCAUCUGAAUCAACUCAGCUGACAUUUCAUGCACUUAUUAUAGUUACUGGACUUUAGGGUAAUUUUAAAAUGAAUUGUAGGAUUCUUAAAAAUUAAAAUUUCUUGAGAUACAUGUGAUCUUGUCCCAUCCAAUGCGUGAGGGAGUUGUAGUAUGGCAGUAUCCUUAGUGAUUAGUAUCCUAAAUAUUUCCCCAGUAAAUGAGCAACUGUUGGUACAGUGUGACUGUUUAGAUCACCAAAGUGGGGAAGAAAUGUUACAUGAGUAAAAUUAAGUAAAAUUUGAAAAAGGGAAAUGUAUUGCCAGACUGAAAUUAUCUGGGCUUGAAAACAAUAAGUGAUGGGAAAGUAUAAUGGAAAAAUUUGUUAGUUCAAAAAGGGGACAGUCCAUUGCAUGGUUGAGAGAGCAAAACCCAUUUUGUGGGAAAGAAAAAGGUGCAGACUUUCACAAAGCAUUCAUUAUCAGAGGCAAGAGCAAACAGAAGGAAGUUAUUUGGAGAAAAGAAUCAAAAGGCACAGCCAAACGUGUUUCUCAGGAAGGGAAGAAAAAUAUAAGUUGUGUUAAAAGGAUUUGGGGAAGAAGUGUAAAAAGAGAUACUUUAAGGAGGGGUGGAAGUGAGGGAGAAAAAAAGAAUGCUCUUACAUAUGAUUAAAGAGGAACUUUGAUGAGGAAAGAAGUGCGACACUGAUAAAACAGGGAAAACCUUGACGUCCGGAACCGUGGAAUAAAUAAUCUAUGAUGUCAAAGGGGUUUGAUUCCUAUAUGAAAGGAGCAUUUUAGGGACUUACAGGCUUUACAAAGUCUGCUACCUCGUGUUAAGAAGGCAAAAAGCUCUUACCACAUUUCAUGUAUUCCAGCUGUAAGGAUAAUAUGGGAGGUGGCACAAAAGAGUGCUUGGAUACCAGAGAAUUUUUUCAAGUAUUCAAAAGCUGAACACCCUUAACCAAUUUUAAUUUUAGUCAAGUCAAUCUCUUCACAGUGUUCCACCUACUUGAUUUUUUUAAAA